GCACUCGUCCAAUGUGCUGACUCAGCAAAAACGUCAUCACUCAACAAGCGGGGUUGUCUUGUUUUGCAGACGUGUAGACGGCGAGCGAGACACAAAGAAUAAUGGCGUACAUGUCAGGAGGGAAGUUAAUGGCUAGCAAGCCGUGGUGGACUGUGGACGGCAUGAUAGACAUGUUCUGGGCCGUUAUCAACUUCUGCGUCCUCUUUCUGAGGACGCUAGUAAGUCCAGGGAUCAGUAAAGACGGCAACAGUCACGUGACAGACUACAGAAGAAGUGGAAAGGCAGAGAGAGGGAGGAGGAUGGGAAGGAUAGGAGGAGGAGGAAAGAGUGGUGGUGGCGGCCCCAGCCCUCCACCGAUGGGUGGUGGAUGA